AUGAGCUCCACAGGGGUGGCGGUCGGGCAGCCGCCCCCCAGCUCGGAGACCCCGGGCUCCCGGGGCGCCCAGCGCCAGCGCCACCGCUCGUCCGGGGUCCUCCACCUCCUGGGGCAGCAGGUGGCGCAGCUCGGGCUCAGCGAGGCGCAGAAGCGGGUGGUGGACCUGGAGAAGAGCCUGCAGUUCCUGCAGCAGCAGCACUCGGAGACGCUGGUCAAACUCCACGAGGAGAUUGAACACCUGAAGCGGGAGAACAAGGAUCUCCAUUACAAGCUAAUAAUGAACCAGAAGUCACAUAGGAGAGGCAGCAUCACCAACUCCAGCUUUCAGCCCACAAAGCCGAUCCCAUCCUCAGUGACGGCAGCGGCCUCUCAAAACAAGGCCAGGCUCAACUCCAAGAAGCAAGACUCGAAACCUGACGGUCCCCAGAAGACGGACCUGGAAGAGAAGACUCCAGCUGCUCCCCAGCUUCACGGCAGCAAGCUGGACAAAGCCGCCGGGGCACAGAGGCCCUCCAAAGAAGAAGUGGAGACUUUGAAUUCAGAGGCCAUCUCGGGGGCAGGCAGCCAGCACAAGAGCAAGCAGGUGACGGGGGCGCCCCGCCUGAUGAACCUGCCCCCCCACUUGCGCAAACCCAGCUCGCUCCAGCAGUGUGAGGUGGUCAUCCGCCAGCUGUGGAACGCCAACCUCCUGCAGGCCCAAGAGCUGCAGCACCUCAAGUCUCUCCUGGAAAGGACCCAGAGGCCAUCCCAGGCUGGCCCUGAGGCUGACCCGAGUUCUCACGACCAGGAGGCUGCGCAGCUCCCCAAGGUGGCCAGCAAGGGUGUCUCUAGGAAAUGCCUGAUCCUGAGCCCCAUUCCCGUGUCGGAGCGCGCCAUCCUGCCCGCCCUGAAGCAGACCCUGAAGAAUAACUUCGCCGAGCGGCAGAAGAGGCUGCAGGUGGUGCAGAACCGGCGGCUGCACCGCUCGGUGCUCUGAGCGCCGCCCGAGCAGUGCGCACGGAGGUCCCGGCCAGGCCCAGGUCACAGCUGGGGACACACCCUCUCUAGGCAGCAUUCC